AUGAAAGCUGGGGACGACUUUGUUCGGCGGGAGCGGCGGCUUCGGCACUGUGCCUUCAUCGACUACCACCGCGGUUUUAUUAUUGUUGUUGAAGCUCGCGUUGAUGAUCUCCCAUACCGCCAUCGCGCGCUCGAGCUGAGCGCAAAAAAUAAAGUUUCCGCUCGUCAUCACGGUGUGGGAGAGGUGGGCAGCGCUUAUAUCGCUCUGGGAGGAGCUCAAGUCGCUCGCGUUCGCCCCACGCUUCCCUUUAGGCUGCGUGCUCACGCUUCGAAUCGACAUCAUGCUCAUUUGCCGGUUCUUUUUCGUCGCGUUCAUACUCAACGAGCGUCGGAGGUUUCCCCCGCGAGGGGUUCUCGUGGUGGAGUUCUCUAA